CUCAAGCGCCUUACUGAUUCGGUAAAUAAAGAAAGACGAAAGAAACAUAUAACACAAAAAAACCUAAAAUGUCCGCAAAUAUCGACGAAGAGAAAGUAAAACAGGUCAAGGAGGUCGACCUCACUGCUGCAGGUCGUGGAGUAUGGUUGGUAAAGGUACCUAAGUAUUUGUCGGAGAAAUGGAAGAAGAACUCUGGGAAAUGUGACGUUGGAAGACUAAAGAUAACCCGUUUAAAGGGUGUACAAGGAGCUAAGCCGGAGGUAACAUUCUCCACAAACGAUGACCAGGCCAAGCAGUUGGUUCCCGGCAUGCCUUCCACGACACCUAAAGAACACAAGUUCCUGCUUACCGGAGUUGGGAACCAAAAUCUUGUCGUCUUCUCAGAGAAGAAAAGUGAGCCCAGUUCUUCAGCAGCAGAAAUUAUAACAGAGCGAGUAGCCAUCGAAGGCAAGGUGAUACAGAGAGCCGAGUGCCGGCCUGUAGCAGACAAGAGCUACCUCCAGCUUAAAAAACUUCAGAGGGAGCUUUGUAACAAGCCAAAGCGUGAAAUCAAACAGAUCACCACCGUCCCCAACUCCUACAAGCCAGUCAGCAACCAUGCAGCAAAUAUCGAACAUGAGAAAAAGAUGAAAGAAGGCGGGAAGCGUAUCCGUGACGAUAAGGAAGUCGUGAAAAAUCGAUUGUUCGAGAUAUUCGAGAAGCAUCAAUACUACAACAUUCAGGACCUCGUGAAACUCACCAACCAGCCUGUGACCUACUUGAAGGAGAUCUUGAAGGAGCUAUGUACAUACAACAUGAAAGCACCACACAAAAAUAUGUGGGAACUCAAACCUGAGUACCGACAUUACAAGGAGGAUAAAUGACCUUGACCUUGGUAAUAGGGGUCAAGGUGAAAGGACAGAGUGCAGGGUCUGUGCGGGUCAUUUGUUGCUGGGCAACAGGACAUGUUGUUAAAUAUGUAUUUGUAUUUACGUGUGGUUUGUGAAGCUCAGCAAUUGUCCAGUCAUGUUGUAAGAAGAGAAAAUUGUAUCAAACAUGGACAGAACUUUGAAGUGUUCAUCAGUGAUUAUCAAUAAGGAUCAAUAAUUUGAAAGUAUCAUUCAAACCCAGUGUCUUAGCUAUUUUGCUUCAUAUUUAUAGUCAUACAGAAGUGGCCAAAAUACAUUAUAAUGAUAUUAAGCUCUAAAUAAGAAAAAAAUCAUGUGAAUAUUUCUAAAAUGAAUACAUUACCAAUGUUUUAAGUUAUUUUUUAUUUCAUGAUUAUUUAUGGUCAUGACAUUUGUUGUCAGACACUGAUAAUGCCAUUGUUGUCUGACACUGAUCAUGCCACACUGAUCAUGCCAUUGUUGACUUACAUCGACUUUAGCAUUGUUGUGUGAUAUUGAUAAUGUCAUUGCUGUCUGACACUGAUCAUGCCAUUGUUGUCUGACACUGAUCAUGCCAUUGCUGUCUGACACUGAUCAUGCCAUUGCUGUCUGACACUGAUCAUGCCAUUGCUGUCUGACACUGAUCAUGCCAUUGCUGUCUGACACUGAUCAUGCCAUUGUUGUCUGACACUGAUCAUGCCAUUGUUGCCUGACACUGAUCAUGCCAUUGCUGUCUGACACUAAUCAUGCCAUUGUUGUCUGACAAUAAUCAUGCCAUUUUUGUCUGACACUGAUUAUGCCAUUGUUGUCUGACACUGAUCAUGCCAUUGUAACAAUGUUGUCUGACAUUGAUAAUACCAUUAUUGUGCUUGAUGAAUUUUUGACAUUAAAAUAUAUAAUGCA